AUGUCUUUAGGCCUGGAGCUCAUAGGGAUCGUGUCAUGUGUGCUGGGCUGGCUUUUGGCCAUCGUGGCUUGUGCUCUCCCCAUGUGGAGGGUCACAGCCUUCAUCGGUUCCAACAUCGUGACUGCUCAGAUCAUCUGGGACGGCCUGUGGAUGUCCUGCGUGGUUCAGAGCACCGGACAGAUGCAGUGCAAGGUCUAUGACUCCAUGCUGGCGCUCUCUCAGGACCUUCAAGCAGCUCGAGCCCUGACGGUAAUCUCCAUCCUUCUGACCGUCUUGGCGGUCCUGGUGUCCAUCGGAGGAGCGAAGUGCACUAACUGCAUUGAAGAAGAGUCGUCCAAAGCUAAAGUCAUGAUCUUAGGAGGAGUGCUGUUCAUCGUGGCUGGGCUCAUGCAGCUGAUUCCCGUGUCCUGGUCUGCAAACAGCAUCAUCAGGGACUUUUACAACCCUUUGCUGCCGGACGCCCGGAGGCAAACUUUAUUCGCGAUGGCUUCAGCCGGCCUGGAGAUCCUGGGGAUGAUCCUGACCGUGGCCGGGUGGCUUGGGGUGAUGGUGGCCUGCUGCCUGCCCAUGUGGAGAGUGGCGGCGUACAUAGGCCAGAACAUCGUCAUCACGCAGAUAGUGUGGGAAGGUUUGUGGAUGAGCUGCGUGGUGCAGAGCACAGGACAGAUGCACUGCCGCGUCUACGACUCCAUGCUGGGGCUCCCCGACGACCUGCAGGCUUCUCGGGCUCUGACGGUGGUCAGCACGCUGCUCGGUGUGCUGGGCAUGGCUCUGGCCGUGGCUGGGGCCAAGUGCACCAACUGCACCUCGGACGCAGCCAACAAGCCGCGCUUCAUGCUGGCAGCAGGCGUGACGUUCGUAACGUGCGGGCUGCUGCUGCUGGUGGCCGUCUGUUGGACGGCUAACGGCAUCAUCCUGGAUUUCCACAACCCGCUUCUGGAGGAGACGCAGAAGAGGGAGUUUGGGAACUCGCUGUACUUCGGAUGGGGCGCCUCCUGCCUGCUGAUCCUAGGUGGAGCCAUUUUGUCGUGUUCCUGCUCCUCGAAAGCGCAGAACAAUGCCGUGCCGACAAGAGUGGACUACUCAGGGGUCAAAUCUAUGUCUGCCAAUGGAUAUGACAGGAGAGACUAUGUCUGA